GAAACACUGAAGUGUCUUGCCUAUGCUACAGAGCUUGCAAGUGUAUAUGGUUUAUAAACCAUACAAACCAAUGCUAUCCCUCACAGUCUUGCAUCUGGAGAUGUUUUCAUCAGUGAAUAUAUCUACAUCUUUAAAUAUCUCAUGUUCUAUGUGUUGUUUUACAUUUUAUCAGAUAGUAUGAAAUGUUUUCAACUAAAGCCUUUGAGGUUAUACUGGUAAGGGCAUUGUAUUUGUGUUUCUGCAGUUCUGAAGUAUAUGUUUCUUUAAUAUUUAAUCCCUGGUAUCCUUAUAUUUUCUGGUUUAGUCUAAUCAAAAGGAAAUAGGUUGUGAAUGGAAAAUUAAUUAUGAACUUUUUCUUAUUAUAUAUUUGCGCCGUGUUGUGCCUUAUAUGCUCAUUUAUUCAUUCAUUUUUUCCUGGUAAACAUAUUUUAAUUAGAAGUCCUAUAUGUGAGACCACAACCUGUAGAGAAAAAAGGGCACUUAUGGGUGUGGCUUAUUUAAAAAGAAAAGGUAGAAUACUUGUAUAGAUAUGUGCCCAGAGAUAAUACAGCUUUCAAAUAUGACACAGCUUGUCCUCAACUGAUCUGAACAGAUCUGCCAAAAUGAAAUCUCCUGGGAUCUGCAAUCUAGCCCUGGUGAUACUGCUUGGGAGAUUCUAAACUUUAAAGUCUGCAAAUCCAGAAUAUCUUGGCCUCUAGAAUUCUGUCCAAAUUUUCUGGCUGCCAAGUUGUUUGUUGACUUUCCUAAAACUGUCCCUUUACUGCCACAAAUCUUUAAGUCCCUCUUGUCCAGGGACAGUUCAGUAAUCUGCUUUUUACUGUUUCUCUCUGUAUUUUUGACAGAGUCAGGUUUGAAGAUCCUUGUUUCUUUACUAGCAAAGUUUCUAUGGCAAUACACAUGAUUUAUCUGUAGAGAGCUUGGGUAAAGCUUUAUCUAAAUUCUUUCCAUGUUCUUGAAUCAUUUGUAGAUGCUCUGUGAAUAUUCAAAGGAGUUAUUCAGGUUUGUUCACUCAGUUGGUUAACCUAAGCUUGAUGGCAGAAAAUCAUUAACUUGGGUCCAAGGAGCUACCUACAGCAUCACUCAUGGCCAAUGAAUCGAGGCCUUGCCCCUGUGACAUUGGGGACAAGUUUGACUAUGGAGGCCGUGGGCAGGAGGUGCAAGUUGGGCACAUCAAGGCGUACAUCUGCAAACCUUCUGCCUGCACCGACAAAGCUGUCAUUGUGAUUCAUGAUAUAUUUGGGUGGCAACUCCCAAACACCAGAUACAUAGCUGAUAUGCUAACAACUAAUGGAUACAUAGCCAUCUGCCCAGACUUUUUUGUGGGACAAGAAGCUUGGAAACCUUCUAAUGACUGGGCAACUUUCAAUGACUGGGUGAAAACACGAGAAGCUGGCAAAAUAGACAAAGAAGUUGAUGUCGUCCUCAAGUAUCUAAAGGACCAAUGUGGUGCGAAGAGGAUUGGUGUCAUUGGGUUUUGCUGGGGUGGAGCAGCAGUGCAACAUCUGAUGCUGAAAAAUCCCCAUUUAAAGACUGGAGUGUCCCUCUAUGGAGUGAUCAGCCGUUUUGAGGACAAGCAGAGUCUGCUGAAUCCUACCUUUUUCAUUUUUGGUGAGAAGGAUAACAUUGUUCCAUUGGAGCAGCGCUCGGCGAUGGCAGAGAGCUCAGUCGUGACCGCAGCAGUGCCAGAGAGAGCAGCACCCACCAAGCUGGAGGAGCUCCUGGAGAUCACCGCCCAGAGCCUGGUGCGUGCCGAGGUGGCUGAGCACUAUGAAGUUGUUCGGGAGCUGGGCAGGGGCAAGUAUGGCCACGUGAUGCUAGUGACCCACAGGCAGAGAGGGACUCCUAUGGCUCUCAAGCUGCUACCGAAAGCCAGUACCAAGCUGCAUACCUUCCUGUAUGAGUAUUGUGUAGCACUGUCCCUCGCCACCCACCCUGCCAUCAUCGGCAUGUUUGGAAUUGCCAUUGAGUCCAGCCAGUACUAUGGCUUCCUCUACGAACCAGCGCUGCACAAAGACCUCAUCUCUAUCAUCAAACCCCGUGAUGGGAUCCCUGAGCCGGCCGCAAAGCAGUGUGCCAAGCAGCUGGUGAGCGCACUGGAGUUCAUCCACAGCCGAGGGCUGGUGUAUCGCGACAUCAAGCCCGAGAACGUGCUGCUUUUUGAUCCCGACUGCCGGCUCGUCAAACUCACUGACUUCGGCCUCACGAGGCCCAGGGGCACCAAGCUCAAGCUGGUGGCUGGGGUAAUCCCCUACACUGCCCCCGAGCUGAGCAACACUGCUGAUGCCCAGGGGGUGCCCAUCGACACCAGCAUGGAUGCCUGGGCCUUCGGGGUGCUGCUUUUCUGCCUGCUCACUGGCUACUUCCCCUGGGAGCAGAGCCUGCCAGAGGACCCUUUCUUUGAGGACUUCAUGCAGUGGCAGGAGACAGGCCUGGAGAAGGACGUGCCCCGGCACUGGAGGCGCCUGACGGCCGAGGCUGCCGGCAUGCUGCGGAGCCUGCUGGCUCUGGAUCCCGCCAAGCGCGGCCCUGUCAGUGCCGUGCUGCACUACGUCGGCUGCCCUUGGCGGCAGGAGGGUGGGCACGGUGAGGAGGCUGCUGUGAAGUCCUAGGGCAGUCCUAGGGCCUGUUCCCCAUGGCGGGAAGGAGGGAAGGAGGGUCGGAGGCUGCAAGGGGCUUCAGGGUUUGGGCACCAUGGUGGCCUGGGCGUGAGAGGCCGUGGUGACCCAGAGAGCAACUUCUCUGCUGCGCUGUCCCUGCUGCCACAGAACCAAGCUCCUUCCCCAGCAGAUGGCCCUCACCUCAGGACUCAGUGCUGCCCAGCGACGCUUCCUUGUGGCUUGAAGACAUCUUUCUCUUGGAAAUGACUGCGUGUGAAGCAUUUACUUGUUUCCUAGCCACAGGAACUCCAGGGAGUUAUUUAGACUGCAGCACUUGCCGUGCCUCAAAACAGCAAAAUAUGUACUUUUGUGUUUCUGUAAGUGGCUUGUUUUCCCUCAUAAUAAAUGCCUGUUGGGACCCACUUGCUGUUGGAAAGCAGGGAGCAUGUCAGAACUUGCAGCUGUCUCAGGACAAGCUGUCCAAGGCAUGGGCCAUCUCUGGAUGCUGCCUGUGCCCGCACCAGGACCCCUGGAGGGUGGCUUCAGGCUGGUGGAUGGGCUGGGGAGAUCCCAGCAUGUGGCUGUGGAUGAUGGCUGGGGAAUGUUCAUGGUGUUGGAGGUUAUCUCAUGCCAGCCCAAACACAUCUCUUCCCUUGUACUGCCUUCAGGUCCUAAGACAAUGUCCUUCAUGCUCCUUUAAAUGCCUGGCUACCCCUCUGCAAGACCUUUCUUCUCCCCUUUCCUACUACUUCUUUAACCCUUCCCUAGAUACACACCUCUCCUAAUGCCCCGAUAUCCUCCUAGGUGCACAUUUUAAUCCUGAAAAGGAGUAGCAAAGAGGAAAUUAGGGGUUAGUAGCCAUUUUUGCUUUUCUACCUGUUUUCAAUCCCCAGGAUUUUGCUGUUGGUAAUAAUCCCUUCCUGCACUUAACCUGGUCUUUUGCUGGAAACAUUCACAGCUUGUUUUUCAUUCUCAGGGGCUUCAUAACUCCAAAAAAUGCAGUGUCCCAGCACUAUACUUUCUAGCAUUUCAGCUUUUUUUUCAUGUCAGACCCUUUCUGUACACAGUCCUUCUUCUACGCUUUCCCAACCUGCAGCUUUUUUGUCCAGCUUCUUCUCCCCCACUGGCAUUUUAGCAUGUGUUAACUUUUCUACCAACACUACCUAUCACCUGGUAAACACCUUUUGCUCAUCACCUCUGUACUACUAUUUUGUGCUGCUCCCGCUCCCUACAUCACUUGUGUCUUGAGUCUUCCAACUCCCCAGCCUACCUUACCAAACAGCAUUAUGCUCACACUGUCUAAGAUACAGUUUUCUUCUGCUUACUUCCAUCUCUUAGAAUUUUUCCUUACUUGAAAUCAUAAUCAAUGCUGCCGAACUCCAGCCUGCUGAGAUUGGCUUUAAUUACUCUUUAAUUACUGUAGGAAUGGCAGAGAGAUGUCAAGGUGCCAACAUGGUUCCUGCAUUUAAAGUGGAGAAGCCUUAAGACAAA